CUUUUUCAGGGUUCAGAGCAGGCGCUGGCCAAGGCCCUAGAACAUGCACCGCCCGUAAGGAAUAGCUAUCCAGCCCCUGUUUUGCAUCUUUGUGCUGACAGUGGCGCGCCCACUCAAAACAAAAGGAAGUCGGUCAUAAUCAAUGAUUUAUAGAAACCCGAGGCGGAGUAGUCCUUCUCAAAUGUGAAAAUCUACACGGAAUUUAGAUUUUGAAGUUUAUAUUUUACAGAAUUUAUACUCGUUUGUUCUAAAUUAUAUUUCGAUUGCAAUCACGUAAUGCUAUCAAUGGCAGUAGUAUGAAAAGGCUUGGGUUGAAAGCACCACUCUCUCAGAGCUUUGGGGCCCCAGUAGAGGAUGUACUGUGGUGGGGACAGGGACUUCCAGACUUCAGCGCAGAGGAUGGGUACAUCCUUGCUGUUCCAGUUGUCCGUUCAUGAGCGUGAGCUGGACUUGGUGUUAUUGGACCACAGCUAUGCCAAGCCAUGGAAUGCCCACCCGGACGCCAGCAGUGCCCGGCCCACGCGCAUGCUGUUCGUCACACCCCGUCACCAGCCUGAUGCCACUCUGGAAUCAGAUCUGUCAAUAGAUGUGGAAUCUGUCACACCUACACCUAUUCCACUCUAUGACAACCAGAAAGCAUGCAGUGUUAUGAAGGAGUGUGAGCGACAUGUUUUAUUUGCUCGCACAGUUGCCGAUGGUCCCCCACCUCCUGAUGACUGGGAUGAACGCAUCAACAAGGCUGGAUGGUCAGUCACUCAAAACAAGUUAUUUAAUAAGGUGCUGAAAGCUCUGCAAGCUGAAAGAUUGGCCCGGCUUGCCAAUGAAAAUGCCUCCAAUGAGCCAGUAUUGCGCAGGAUUGCUGUGGACAAGUGUGCCCGGAAGGUGCGCCAUGCGCUGGCCAGUGUCAACUGGGACACCAAACUGACCCAGUGGCUACAUGGCACCCUGAUAGAGUCUCUCAGUCUGGCUAUGCUGGCUGCUUACCUGGACGUACUGCAGACACUUAAGAGCAAGUUGCCCUCGCUGAUUGACAGGAUGCUGCUGACAUCGUCAGUGAAGACUGGAGCGGCAGGUGCAGAGGCCCUCUCUCUGCUCCUGAAGAGGCCCUGGGAUCCAGCCGUGGGCGUUCUGUCUCACAACAAACCAAGCAAGCUUCCUGGCUCCCCACUCAUCUUAAUUGCACCAUCAGGGCCCACCAAUCCUGCUCUUUCUACCCCGCGCCGAAUGAGAUUUUGGCAGUCACAACUCUCCUGCUUGGGAAAGGUCAUCCCAGUAAAUACCCAUGUAAACAGUGGAUCCAAUGUGGGCAUCACUCAGUGUCUGGAGCACAUGUUGGGCACGGUCAGGGCAAAAGUCAUGGAGGUCCACAGUCACUUCCCUCACAAACCCAUUAUCUUGGUUGGCUGGAAUGUGGGAGCUCUCAUCGCCUGUCAUGUUUCCCUCAUGGAGUACCUGACUGCUGUGGUGUGUCUUGGCUUUCCUCUGCUAACAAUCAAUGGGCCAAGAGGGGAUGUGGACGACCCCUUACUGGACAUGAAGACCCCAGUGCUAUUUGUGGUUGGUCAGAAUGCUCUGCAGUGUGGCACAGAGGCCAUGGAGGAGUUCCGAGAGAAACUUAGAGCCGACAACAGCAUGGUGGUGGUGGGAGGAGCUGAAGACAACCUCAGAAUCAACUCAACAAAGAUUAAAUCAGAGGGACUGACACAGACCAUGGUGGAUCGCUGCAUUCAGGAUGAGAUAGCAGACUUCCUUUCGGGAGUGCUGGCGCGGGCGGAGAGCCACGGCUCCGGAGAGCUGAGGGACCUGGACACAGAGAAGAAGAAGAAGCCCCGGCGGGAGCUCCCCUUUGACCUGGAGAGGGCCCGCCCUUCCUCCCCUGCCCUCAGAGUACCCAUCUCCCCCUCAGGCUCCGAGGACCUGUCCAGUGUGUGCAGCAGUCCCACCUCCAGCCCCAAGCCAAAGACCUCGGGACUGUCACCGGCACAGAAGUCCAGCCUGAUCACCGCCACACAACUCCUCAAGACCCAUAUGCAGCGGUCUGGGACGGUGCUAACACACAAGCAGGCACAAGCCCAGUUUGCUGCUUUUAUGAAACAAAACAUGUUUGUGAGGAAAAAUCUUCCUCCUGGCACUCCCUCCUGUGUCUUUGUGCCUGUAUCCAGUGAGCAGACCGAGAGCCUGGAGAGAGACGAGCUGAGGGCCCAUCUGAAGAGGAGGCAGACGCCCAGCCCCACUCCCACCAAGGCCUCAAAGAGAGCCAAGAUCAAGGUGACAAUCCUGCAUGGAGAGACAACAGGGGGCGCUAUCAGCUCUGCAGCACAGGAAGUGGGACCCUCUGGGAAUCCCCUGACUUUGACUGUGGGACAGACUGUGUCUGGAGCCAAGGAAGUCUCUGGACUCCUCACAGCCCAGCGGUCUGGUAGUCUGACAGGGGUGUCUAGUGCCCAGAGCUCGGGUUCCAGCUCUUUCCAGAGUUGCAUGGUUUCAGGGUCCUCCUCACCAGUCCAGGCGCUAGCUCCUGCUACUGCCCAAGCACCUUCCGCCAGCAGCCUCCUCCACGGCCUAAGUUUCAGUCUACAGGAGAUAGUGACCAAAUCCCCUAGCCUGCCCACUACAACAGCUAGCAUGGGCAGCAUUCAGGCCCCCGGUGGGAAGCCCCAGGGUCAGGUUCUUAACUCCAUAGGUACUUGCAGCAGCACUCUGCUCCGGGCAGUGCCUGUGGUCUCCACUGGAAGGCUGACCAAGACAACCGCCAUCCACCAGCUACUCACCAACAGCGGGCUGGCCAAGCUGGCGAGCAGCCUCCCCGGCCUGCCACACAUCUCCACCCAGAGUGCCGGGCUCAGAGCCCCCACCACUAUAACGGUGACGCUGCGAGGACAGCCCAGCAGAAUGACUGCACUGGGCCAGGCUGUGGGGGGCACCGAUGCUGUCCAAACCACCUGAUAUGAAAGUCUGUCUCCUCACAAACAGCAAACAUCUGUAAACUUUUCUAUCACCAUUUCUAAAAUGAUGGAUUGUUAUCAAAUAUCCUCUAUCCACUGAGUGUACAAAACGUUAGGAACAUAUUGGAACAAACAUUAGGAACAUAACUUAAUAUUGAGUUGCACCCCCUUUUGCCCUCACAACAGCCUCAAUUAGUCGGGGCAUGGACUCUACAAGGUGUCAAGAGUUCCACAGGCUGGCCCAUGGUGACAAAUGCAGGUGUUCUAAAUGUUUUGUACACUGUGUAUAUAGUAUUUUUCAGUGAUGACCUAAUGAUGAUCGUGAUGACUGAAUCAUGCCAAAUGAGAUGCCAUCAUCCUGAACGGGGCUAUGAUCUGACUCUUCAGAUACAGUGGGGAGAACAAGUAUUUGAUAC